UCCAGUCGUUCUUCCUGGAGGCUUCCCAAAUUUAUUACCACCGUCACACGGGGUAAUCACCGGGGGCACUUUCACGAGCCAGAAAUUACAUCAUGCGCUCCGAGCUGUAGUGCAAGCACCAGCAAACUUCAGCGCCGUCUUUCAAGCUCUCUUAACCCUAGACACUGCUGCGGGUUAGGAAGCAGGGCAGCCGCUCCCGACAGCAACCGCUUCAAUUCAUCCAGGGGGCCCCGUCUCCAUCGAGGCAGUCCUAACGUCCGACUGUCUGAGUCCUUGCUAUCAAGACGGCUGGCCGCACGCGAAUCCUUCGUUGUUUAUAUUCGCCAAUGCGUUGACUGCAUGGGAAGUACGGCAAUCCGCGUGAUGGCAUGAGGAGCCAUGCCCAAGAUCCGAGCCCAUCGUUCCUCGCGACGCGUACCGCCUCCCAAGGACAGCGACUUUGACCACGAGAUAGAUCUCGUCAACCGCGACGACGAAGUCAGUCCUCUCAGGCCGUCUUUACCGGGCGCAUCUUCUUCCCAGCACGGCACCUCGGCUUCCAGCACAGGCCCCGAAGCCGUGCAUGAGGCCCCUGGAUCUGUUGGGGGAGAUGGAAGGCAGGAAGAGACCGGGCAACCCUGCGUUCAGAUUGAGCAGCCUACACCGCAGGUAGAGAUCAGCCGUGCCAGGCCAGGCACUCAGAUUUCGAAAGACCCCGGCAGGCCAAAAUCGGUCGAGUCAGCGAUCGAUAUCCUGUAUGAGAACCAACGAGGGGGCUUUCUCUGCGGCAUACCGCUCUUCUCUUCGAAAGCGCUCGGCAACCUCGACCCGCCGCCGUGGACGAACUAUGCGCACAAGCCCAGUCCGACCAACAUUCACACCGCGCAGGUACCCGACCCUACCUGGGAAUGGGCUUGGCCCGAAUGGCGCAUCAAUCAUGACGACGGCGUGGACGAGGACGGCUGGGAGUACUCGUUUGCCUUCUCCAGGAAGUUCUCCUGGCAUAGGGCGCGGUGGUGGAACUCGUUCGUGCGCCGGCGAGCGUGGGUCAGGAAACGGGUGAAGAAGGAUCCAAGCGACCUGGCGAAAGACCCGCACAUGCUCAAUCCCGAAUAUUUCACAAUCCGGCCGUCCUCCGAGCUCGCCCGGGACCACAGUCCGAGCAGGGCCAGUAGCAGCAGGUUAAGUACCAGCACGGCCAACAUGGAAGGCGCAGGAGGAAAACCGGCCAUCGAGAAUGGCGAUCAGCUCCUGCGCAUCCUUCGGGGGUCCCGGAUCGACAGGGAGAAAAUCGAAGCCGUCGAUAACUACCUCGACAAUGCGCAAGAAGAGUUGGAAGGCCUGCAGCAGAUCAUGCACGAGAUUAUGUCCCUCUUCGUCUUUCAGGCAUCACGUCGGAUCCUUCUCAGCAGGUUGACCGAGGUUUACGACAAGACCGCCGCGGAACGGAAGAACGGGAACGGUUCAGAUGCGAAGGCAGAUCGAAGAGUGGAAAACCUCGCCGCCGCUGUCAAGCACGCAGACGAAGAGGUGAGAAGGCUGGAGUACUGGAGCGAUGUGAAGAGCAUGGCCGAGGAGGGAGAAUCCAAAGGAGCAGUGGACCACAAGCAGGGUUGGGAUCCCACUUGGCGGGGGGUGGACAAGUCCGGACCGUCAGCUCCCCCGGCUCCUUGAGACAAUGAAGAGGAAGGUAUUCCAUAGAAACUGUGGAGGCGCGAAAGUAUACCUACAGUACAGCAUACUUAUUGGUAAUACCUAAGGUAAUUUCCCGAUCAAUGAGGUUAUGAAUGGAGGUAUGAAAGCAUGGGAUAUUGUUAAGUUGCAAUGAUACAGUUAAUCAUUUACUCUGUGCUAUACACUGCAUUACGUACUAGUACGGAGUACUGUACUCCGUAUCAUGUACGGAAUGCUCAUAGUCUUGGCAUGCACCCACUGAGG